UGAGGGGGCGGCGGGAGCGGCGGGAGGCGGGGACCGAGAUAGCGACAGCCUCGUCAGGGGACCGGCCGCCGCGGCCCCUUCGCUCCUGCCCGUUCUCGUCUGUCCUCGGGUGCUCGGUUGGUCUGGCAUGAUCUGCCUGUCCUGAAACUGCUCUGGCUUUUCCCAACCACAUGCUUCAUUUGGCUUUGGUUCCUUAAAACUGUGCUAUGAAUGGUGAUUCUGGUGUGGGGGUGGUGACUUCACCACCUCCAACAACAGCCCCUCAUAAAGAGAGGUAUUUUGAUCGAGUUGAUGAAAAUAAUCCAGAAUAUUUGAGAGAGAGAAAUAUGGCGCCUGACCUUCGCCAGGAUUUUAACAUGAUGGAACAGAAGAAGAGAGUCUCCAUGAUUCUUCAAAGCCCAGCCUUCUGUGAAGAAUUGGAAUCCAUGAUCCAGGAACAGUUCAAGAAGGGGAAGAACCCAACAGGUUUAUUGGCUUUGCAGCAGAUUGCAGAUUUCAUGACAACGCACGUACCAAAUGUCUACCCUGCAGCACCUCAAGGUGGAAUGGCUGCAUUAAACAUGAGUCUUGGCAUGGUAACACCAGUAAAUGAUCUGAGAGGGUCUGAUUCCAUUGCUUACGAAAAAGGGGAGAAGUUGUUACGAUGCAAAUUGGCAGCUUUCUACAGAUUAGCAGAUCUCUUUGGCUGGUCUCAGCUUAUUUACAAUCAUAUAACAGCCAGAGUAAAUUCUGAGCAAGAGCAUUUCCUUAUUGUACCUUUUGGACUCCUCUAUAGUGAAGUCACUGCAUCUAGUCUGGUUAAAAUCAAUAUUCAGGGAGAUGUGGUUGAUCGUGGAAGCACUAACCUGGGAGUAAACCAAGCUGGUUUUACGUUGCACUCAGCAAUUUAUGCAGCUCGACCUGAUGUGAAAUGCAUUGUCCAUAUCCACACGCCAGCAGGAGCAGCGGUUUCUGCAAUGAAGUGUGGUCUCUUGCCAAUUUCACCUGAAGCACUUUCUCUAGGGGAAGUAGCUUAUCAUGACUACCAUGGUAUUUUAGUGGAUGAUGAAGAAAAGGUGGUUAUUCAGAAAAAUUUGGGGCCUAAAAGCAAGGUCCUUAUUCUCAGAAACCAUGGCUUAGUGUCAGUUGGAGAGACUGUUGAGGAGGCUUUCUACUAUAUUCAUAACCUAGUGCUUGCCUGUGAGAUACAAGUACGUACCCUGGCCAGUGCAGGUGGCCCUGACAACUUAGUGCUUCUUGAUCCUGGGAAGUACAAAGCCAAGUCUCGUUCCCCUGAGUCUCCAGCAGGUGAGGGUACUGUGUCCCAUCCCAAAUGGCAAAUUGGUGAACAGGAGUUCGAAGCUCUUAUGCGAAUGCUGGAUAAUCUGGGUUACAGAACCGGCUACCCAUAUCGAUGCCCUGCUCUGAGAGAGAAAUCUAAAAAGUACAGCGAUGUUGAGAUUCCAGCUAGUGUCACAGGUUACUCCUUUACUAGUGAUGGCGAAUCAGGCAUUUCCUCCCCCCUCAGACACAGUUUUCAGAAACAGCAGCGAGAGAAGACAAGGUGGCUGAACUCUGGCCGAGGGGAUGAUGCUUCUGAAGAAGGGCAGAAUGGCAGCAGUCCCAAGUCGAAGACUAAGGUGUGGACGAACAUUACACACGAUCACGUGAAACCCUUGCUGCAGUCUCUCUCGUCCGGUGUCUGCGUGCCAAGCUGUAUUACCAACUGCUUGUGGACUAAAGAGGAUGGACAUAGAACUGCCACCUCUGCUGUCCCUAAUCUGUUUGUUCCAUUGAACACCAAUCCAAAGGAGGUCCAAGAAAUGAGGAACAAGAUCCGAGAGCAAAAUUUGCAGGAUAUUAAAACAGCAGGCCCUCAGUCACAGGUUCUUUCUGGGGUAGUUGUGGACAGGAGCCUUGUACAGGAUGCUCCCCUCUCAGACUGUACGGAAUCUAUUGAAGGGCUCGAUCUCACAGAGCAGGCCUUUAGUCCCGCUAAAUCUCUGUCUGUUAGAAAGGGAGAACUGGUGACUGCAUCAAAGGCAAUAAUUGAGAAAGAAUAUCAACCAAAAGUCAUAGUGAGCACAACAGGACCAAAUCCCUUCAAUAAACUCACGGAUCGAGAACUGGAAGAAUAUCGCAAAGAAGUAGAAAGAAAGCAGAAGGGACCAGAAGUUAAGGUAUCAAAAUAUGGAGAGACUGUGUUACUGAGACAGACACCAGCUGGGGAACAGAGUGCAGUGCUUAGAAAUCAGACCAUCAGUGAGCAAAACACGUCAGAUAAAAAAUCUCUGGAUUUGAAAGGGAGAUCAAACACCUUUCAAGGAGCAGAUCCGAAGACUUUACAGGAUCGUGACGUAUCAUCACUGUCUAAGUCUUUAGAUAACGUUCAGUUUGCUGCUGCAUGGGUUUCUUGUCAGACCAUGCAGCAAAGCAUCCCACACCUAAAUGGAGAAGAGCCAGAUGGGCAGAAGUCCUCCCAUAAGGAAUUUCAUACUGCAGUGAUCAAAGCAUUAAGGUCUGAUCCUGACCUUUUGGCUGAGGCCUCAGAACCUUCAGAAGAUGGCAGGCCACAGAAAGAGAAAAGCCCCCCUGAGCCCAGUUCAGCUCGCACUCCUCCCAGCACGCCGAUUAAGAUAGAGGAAGAGACACGGCAGGACCAGACCUACAGAGAUGACAGUGAUGCUGCAACCUUCAAGCAAACCCUCCCAGAUCUCACCCCCGAUGAGCCUUCGGAAGCACUCGGCUUCCCUCCCUUAGGGAAGGAGGAAGGGAGAUGUGACCAUGAUGUGCCCAAAAGCCAAACGGAACCACCUGCAGUGGAAAAUAAAGAACCCCAGUCCCAACCCACUGAAGAGCCAGCAACACCAACAGCUGAGGAGGGGACAGCAGCUGAUGCAGGUAGUGAUGAAUCUCCAGGGAAGUCCCCAUCGAAAAAGAAAAAGAAGUUCCGCACUCCUUCCUUCCUGAAGAAGAGCAAAAAGAAGAGUGACUCCUAAAGGCCAACCCACUGCAGAAACACUGUCAUAUUUUAAAAUCCAUUAACCACUAGAAUGUACCCAGAUCGUACUGAGUGUUUUGUCUUACUAUGUAAAUGAAUGCCACAAUUAAUCCAACCAGCCCCUCAAGUUAUGGCUUGAUUGUUUAGGGUUAUAACCAGAAACUCGUGUCCAAAAAGGUGCUAAUCCUGUGUGUUCAGCAGCUGCCACAGAUCUGAUCCCUAGUUUGUAAUCAAAUGUAAAUGACUUCCAUGUGGAAGGCAUUGAUUCACUGUUUUUAAUUUAAAGCCCGCACUGCUUUGCAAAAGAAUAUAAAAAAUUCACAAUUAAAAAUAAAACACCCGUUGCUUACCACAAGAA